CCGAGGGAGUAAAUAGACAGUAUGCUCCCUUAGAAGCACAUGCGUUGGACGUGCCGGGAAAUCCUCAAACUCUGGUUUCCCGACCUUCGUCUUAUCCUUUUCCCAGUUUUGCGGUUAUAGCGAUGCAGAACUGAGCGCUCUUUGUCUCUCUCUCAAUAUCGUUCACAAUUCUUCUUCUUCUUCUUCUUCCUCUCUCUCUCUCUCUCUUAUUUUUCUGAUUAAAUAUUUCGACGAUGAGGAGCAUAACUAUGGUACAAAAGCUGGGCAAGGUUCUAACAAACACGAGACGUUUCUCUUCGGCGAAUUCCAUCAGCUCUAAACCAAUCAAUCUCUUCUCUGCAAUCAACCAGGCCCUUGAUCUCGCUCUGGAUACUGAUCCUCGCUCUUAUAUUUUUGGAGAAGAUGUGCGCUUUGGUGGUGUCUUUCGUUGUACGAUGGGUUUGGCUGAUAAAUAUGGAAAACACAGGGUUUUCAACACCCCCCUUUGUGAGCAGGGGAUCGUUGGAUUUGGCAUAGGAUUGGCUGCCAUGGGAAAUCGGGCUAUAGCUGAAAUUCAAUUUGCAGAUUAUAUCUUUCCGGCUUUCGAUCAGAUUGUCAAUGAAGCCGCAAAGUUCAGAUAUCGAAGUGGAAAUCAAUUCAAUUGUGGAGGUUUAACAGUACGAGCUCCUUAUGGAGCUGUUGGGCAUGGUGGGCAUUAUCAUUCACAGUCACCUGAGGCAUUUUUCUGUCAUGUCCCAGGUCUUAAGGUUGUCAUUCCUCGUGGCCCAAAGCAAGCCAAAGGUUUGCUUUUGUCCUGUAUACGUGAUCCAAACCCCAUUGUCUUUUUUGAACCCAAGUGGUUGUAUCGUUUGGCUGUAGAAGAAGUUCCUGAAGAUGAUUACAUGUUCCCCCUUUCUCAAGCUGAGGUGAUUCGUGAAGGCAGUGACAUUACACUGGUGGGGUGGGGAGCUCAGCUUCAGGUUAUGGAACAGGCAUGUGUUGAUGCUGCACAGGAGGGAAUCUCUUGUGAGCUUAUAGAUUUAAGAACUUUAGUACCUUGGGACAAAGAAACAGUAGAAGCAUCUGUCCGGAAGACUGGGAGACUUCUUGUUAGCCAUGAAGCCCCAAUAACAGGGGGGUUUGGUGCUGAGAUAUCAGCUUCUAUUGUGGAACGAUGCUUCUUAAGGUUAGAAGCUCCAAUAGCGAGAGUUUGUGGCCUCGACACUCCUUUCCCUCUGGUAUUUGAACCCUUUUAUAUGCCAACCAAGAACAAGAUCUUGGAUGCAAUCAAGGCCACUGUUAACUACUAGCUGCGAGUUAACUAUUGUUGAAUUAACUCAAGGGUUAGAGGUCGUAAACUCCCCUAUCAUCCAUGAGAAGUAACAGUGCUUAUGUAUAUCUGUUAUUUGAAAAUCAUAAUAAAAGUCCUUUGAAGGCAGCCUGUGGGUUGUGACUUUUAAAUAUUUCUCUUUGUUU